AUGGUCUCGAACCCAACGAUUUUGUUGGCACGACCAUUUACACCGGUUCGUACUGUGGCCUCCACCAUUAACUUGCACAGCACCAGUUUGUUCACACCUUCGCCGGAGAAGCUCGUUCUCCGUUGUCGAAAGCUAGGGUUAGGGUUUCGUUCUUCUUCUUCAUUUCGCAGCAAAUCGGUGAUUACCUGUGGUGUUACGGAGAUAAACGAGAGACAAUUCUCUGAGGUAGUAUUGAAUUCUGAUCGUCCGGUUCUUGUUGAAUUCGUCGCCAAUUGGGCUUUUCCUCAGUAUGAAAAAGUUGAGAAGAUUGGUGAAGGAACCUAUGGUGUGGUCUAUAAGGCUCGGGACCGAGUAACCAAUGAAACUACAGCUUUAAAGAAGAUUCGUUUGGAGCAGGAAGAUGAGGGUGUACCAAGCACGGCAAUUAGAGAAAUUUCUCUAUUGAAAGAGAUGAAGCAUGGAAACGUUGUCAGGCUUUAA